AUGGGCACAGUUGUGGAUGCCGCUCCAGCUGUUGUGGCUGAGGAGGUCACUGAGAACAUGUUGGGUGGCAAGAAAGUUACAGUUGUAUUUGUUCUAGGUGGUCCUGGAAGUGGAAAGGGCACACAGUGUGCCAACAUUGUGGAGCACUUUGGAUUCACCCAUCUUAGUGCAGGAGAUCUUUUGCGUGCAGAGAUUAAAUCUGGCUCUGAGAAUGGAACCAUGAUCGAGAACAUGAUAAAGGAGGGAAAGAUUGUUCCAUCGGAGGUGACUAUAAAGCUGUUGCAGGAGGCAAUGAUAAAAAAUGAAAAUGAUAAAUUCCUGAUUGAUGGAUUUCCAAGGAACGAGGAGAAUCGUGCAGCGUUUGAGAAUGUUACCAAAAUUUCUCCUGCGUUUGUGCUAUUCUUUGACUGUUCCGAGGAAGAGAUGGAGAGACGUCUCUUGGGGCGCAAUCAGGGAAGAGUUGAUGAUAACAUUGAAACUAUCAAAAAAAGGUUCAAAACCUUUGUUGAAUCAAGUUUGCCUGUCAUUGAGCAUUACAACUCAAGGGACAAGGUUAAAAAGAUUGAUGCUGCAAAACCAAUUCCUGAGGUGUUUGAAGACGUCAAAGCCAUUUUUGCCCCAUAUUCUCCAAAGUUCAUCGAGGAGAGGCUGGUGACGGACGUGCUCAGGAUCGGGGAGCGGGUCUGGAGCGGGGCGCGGAACGAGGUACGAGGAGAGGGAGCUCGUGCCGGCGUAGAUGCAGGCCAUGGCGGCAGAGGCCUCGUCUUGUUCGUCCCCGCCUGGGGGUCGUCAUCGACCAUGGUCCAUGGAUGGGUUGGGUUUGCGGUCGGCGUCUCAGCGAUGCACAGCGCGGUGUUCUGGUCGCGACUCACAAGAUUCAGCAAAGUUUCACUCUUAUUAAACUCCCCGACUUCAUCUAAGGAAGCAAGUGAUUUCAUUAUGAAAGACUGGUCUAUUUUCUCCAAACUUGAUCAUAAUGGAGCUUACCUCCCCAAGUUCCCAAUCGACUCUCCAGUAUCUCAUGAAAUUGGGUUAGGAUUGAUAUCACAAGUUGGAAACUUAGUUGAGUGUUCAUUUCAACAUCCAAGGCAUAUAUGUGCUACAGGGAGUGGAGCAGUUCAGGAAGCGUUCAGCAGUUUCAGCAAGUUUGCUGGAGCUUUCUAUUUCUGGUUUUCUAGAGCAUCGAAUCCUAAGUUAUUCCAAAGGCUAUCAGCUGCUGCAGGCUCAAGUUCACGAGCUUGUCGGUCACACAUAAAGCAAGUGACCUCUUGCUUGCAGCAUUUACCGGGACUGCAGUUUGGUUCACAAUUAAGAGAAGAGCAUGCUAUACAAAUGCUUUUAGCAAGUCUUGGGAGCGCAACUUUUGGACGCUUGUGGACGGAGGUGGAGGAGCGACAUGCCUGCAACAUCCUUAUGCUGGCUGCUGCUACUGUAAUACCACCAUUUGAAAACAUAAUGCCGAAGAUGCUGGCUGAGUCAAUGGCACUAAGAAAAGAUGGUGGACACACCCGAGAGCCUGCUGAACAGUCUUAUUCGGAGGAAAACCGUCCAGGUUGUGCGUGUGUUGCUGUGCCAAGAGUACUCUUACCAGAAGAUUUAACAGAACCAAAAACUGGCAUCAAGUUCCCCACUCUACUCAAAGACAAUUCCAAUCUGACUACAGAGGUCCUUGUUGGAAUGGGUUUCAGAAGUAUGCGGAUAAUGAGGGUCAAAGAUCUGAAUCUUUAUGCCUUUGGAUUAUAUAUACAACCUGAUUCUGUUUGCAAGAAGCUGGGCCCAAAGUAUGCUUGUAUUCCAGAUGCUGAGUUGAAGGAUCACCUAGAUUUCUACGAAGAUCUUCUGAGGGAAAAUAUUGAUAUGACUGUGAGGCUAGUAGUAAGCUACAAUGGCCUCAGCAUUGGCACAGUUCGAGAUGCAUUUGAGAAGUCUCUUGGCUUCCGGUUGCAAAAGGGUACAAAGAUAGACUUCCGGCAAACAUCUGAUGGCCAGCUAAUAACUGAAAUUGAUGGCAAACAAAUUGGCACUGUCCAGAGCAAAGAUCUUUGCAGAGCCUUCUUCGAUAUGUAUAUUGGUGACCCCCCUGUUUCAGUGGAGACCAAACAAGACAUUGCGCAAAAUGUGGCUGGACUCAUAAGAAGAUGCUAG